AUGGAGGAAACGCACGACUUCCAGUUCGUCCUUCCCCUGAACGCCUCCGACCUCAUCAACUCCAGUGGUGACCAGUACUACGUGAAGGAGAUAUUCGGCAGCGCCGAUAUUCCCCCAAAACUUCAAGAAUGCAAGCGCAAAGUGCACCAGGGCGAUCCCUUCUAUAUAUUCGAGCACUUCGACCUGUAUUACUCGAUCAUCGAGGCCCGUGGCUCAGAUGCCGCCUCCUCACAGAAUCUGAUGAGGUCCUUCGACCUCCUGUACUUAACCGUGGACAAGCUGUUCCAGGAUCUGCAGCCCCUGCUGACGGCCACAGAGCCUCUGUCCAACCAGCAGCGCAAAAGCUACUUGAACUUGACCAAAAUGACGCUGUUCCUCCAAGUGAGCACCGUCAAGAAGAUCAACAACAGUGUGCAACAAGCUCUGCGGGAUCAGCAAGUGAAUGUGCAGAAAAAGCGGGCAAAACAAGCCGAUGGGUUGGAGCAGUUUCCCAACUGGGAUGCCAAACGGGGCAAGUUCCUGGUGCAGCUCUUCAAUGUGCUUCAGUGUCCGCUGGAGAAGCUCUGGAGUCCGCCCGUCGCCGAGGAGGACUUCAUAACUUUGCUCUGCGACAUCUGCUAUCGCACACUCGAGAUGCUACCACUCCGUCAGGACAACAAGCAUGUCUUCGAUACAAUCUUCCAGAUUCUGGGCACUUCAAUUAAGCGCUUCAACCAGGCCAUGACUUUUCCCGUACGCAUCCUGCAGAUCCUGCGUGGUACUGAGCACGCUGCCGCUUCCGUGGCCACCGGAAUUCUAUUGCUGCAUGAGGAAUAUGGAAUCUCCUCAGUUUUCUCGAUCCUUAUUAAAAGCAUUGUAGAUGCCCUGAAGCUGGAUAGCUCCGACUCAACGGUGUCCAAGCACUUCUCAAAUUUCUUGGCCGAGUUUUCGAACAUCGCGCCAUCGCUGAUCAUUCCCCAUCUGGAGAAGCUGGCGGAUGACCUGCUAGACUGCCAAUCACACACGCUGCGCAAUUGUGUGCUGCAGAUCAUCGGAGACACGGUGGUCAGUGAACUGACCUCGGAGGAUCUCAGCGAGGAACUAAAGGAAGUGCGUAACGAGUUCCUCGAGCACCUGAUAGCCCACAUCUUGGAUGUGUCUGCGCACGUCCGCUCCAAAGUCCUAAGCAUCUGGCACCACUUGAAAGAGCAGCAUGCGAUCCCACUGAACUUCCUGACCAGAGUGCUGGACGAGGCCAUUGGAAGGCUGGAGGACAAGAGUUCGCUGGUGCGACGUGCCGCCAUGCAGCUGAUAAAAUCCGCUUUGGAAAGCAAUCCCUAUUCCAGCAAACUAUCCUUAGAUGAGCUAAGAGCCAAACAUGAGCACGAGGUACAGGCGAUGGAAAAACUAAACGAGGUGCUCGAGGAAGAGCGCAAGCAGGAGGAGAGGCUCAACGAUGAGUUUAGCACUCUGGCGCCCGAACUUUUGCCUUGCAUAGAGGCCAACCUGAAGGAGUUUCCCGAUAUGCAGUUCGACAAAGAGGAGUCCGACGAGACUUUGCUGGAGAGGAUCGUGCCGAUGAUGCGCGAAAAAAACUACAAGGAUGUCAUUGUUCUGGUGCGAAAAGUGGAUUAUCUGGCUGGAAAUCAGAGUAUGAGCUCCUUGCUAAAGCACGAUGAGCAUUGCGUGUAUGUACUGGCUUUGCUAAAGACUUAUCACUUGCUAGCUGCCGGAUUUAAACAGAGUAGCGAGGAGAUGCUGCAGCAGAUAAAAACGGUUCAGUUCCUCAAGGACAGCAUCGACUUUGCAAUGCUGAUGACUUCAGCAUUCCCCAAACUUCACGAGAUGCUCAUGUCCAAGACGAACACGGAUGUUUUCGAGGCAGUGGACCUAUUUACCACUGGUUACAUGUUCGGAAUCCAUGGCACGGAAUCGGGAAUGCAGCGAAUGCUGCAGCUGGUCUGGUCCUCGGACAAGGAGAAGCGUGAUGCCGUGUCCGAUGCUUAUAAGAGGGUUCUAUUCUCUACGGAUCAAUCGGGCCGUGCUCACGCCAUACGUGUGGUGCAGAACCUGUCAAAGUUUCUCUCGGAGAUCGAGUACGGCCACUAUACGGCCCUGGAGUCGCUGAUGGCCGAGUGGGUGGCCGGGGGCGAUAUUGACUCCGCCGUCAUCACGGUGCUCUUUGAGCGCUUCACCCUUAAACUGGAGGGCACAACCGCCAACGAAUCUCGCCUGUCGCUCCAGCUCCUGAUUAUGGCCUCGCAAACGAAAGCCAGCAUUGUUUCGGCUAACACCACCAUUAUCGAGGACAUUGCCGCCGGGGAGCGGGUUCGUCGCGAUCCGCGCAUUUUUACCUCCUGCCUGCAGCUGCUGGUAAACUCCAUCGAUGCAAAUAACAACGCCAAGUAUUACAAACGCCACAACAGCGAUGCGGAGUUUGUGGGAAAAAUCACUCGACUCUUCCUCGACUUCUUUUUCCACAAGAACUUGUCGGACUUUGAUGGUCUGGCCAUGAGUGUCUUCGAGUAUUACUACAGGAUGUGCCAGGCGCCGGAUGUGAUUGCCCAGCAGCUGGUAGUGACUCUGCUCAAGCGCUUCAACGAGAGCUGGCUGGUCAAGGAGGAAACUGCACUGGUUCAAUCCCCAGAGGUGGCAGAUAAGGAGAACAUUCGCGAAUCGCAGCCUUUGGAGAUUCCCUACUCGCAGACCCUUAAUCCUACCCAGACUCAAGCAGAUAUCCUAACCCAGACACAGGGCAGCCUGAUUCCCGUUUUUCUGGUCACACGUUUGGUCUUCUGCAUCGGCUACAUGACCAUCAAGGAGAUGAUCUUCCUUGACAUGGACAUCUACAACAACAUGAAGUAUCGCGACGAAUUGACAGCGCAGGAAGAGCGUAAGAAUCGAAAUCAACAGGCGGGAAGUUCACAAAAUGCGGCCAGGCGAACGCUCAAUUUGUCAGCCAUGGAGGUGCGCAAGAGACUGUCGGGAGUGGCGGCGGAGCCGCAGCAGGAGCCGGACGAUGAUCUGGUGGGGGCCACUGCCGAGGACAACAUUGCCGAGGAGAUUCACGGUAUAUGCGAGGAUAUGUUGCUGUACAACCCGGACGCACUGCUGUCCAAGCUAGCGCCAUUUAUCAUAGAGAUUUGCAAGCGUCCGGGAGAGUUUAAGGAUUCCAAGCUGCAGCAGGCGGCCACCUUAGCACUGGCCCGUCUGAUGACAGUGUCCUCCAGGUUCUGCGAAUCCAACAUGAGUUUCUUGAUGAACAUCCUUAACCUUACAAAGAACAUUCGGAUCAAGUGCAACACAGUAGUGGGCCUUUCGGAUCUCACUUUCCGUUUCCCAAACAUUAUCGAGCCGUGGACGGGACACUUUUACGCCCAGCUGCACGAAUCGAACACCGAGUUGAGACUGACUGCUGUCAAAAUGCUCUCCCAUUUGAUCCUCAACGAGAUGAUUCGUGUGAAGGGCCAAAUCGCCGACAUGGCGCUUUGCAUUGUGGACGGAAACGAGGAGAUUCGCAAUAUCACGAAGCAGUUCUUCAAGGAGAUUGCCAACAAGUCGAACAUUCUGUACAACGUCUUGCCGGACAUCAUCUCUCGAUUGGGCGAUAUCAAUCUUAACCUGGAUGAGGACAAGUACCGCAUUAUCAUGUCCUACAUCUUGGGUCUCAUCCAGAAGGACCGCCAAAUCGAGACGUUGGUGGAGAAGCUGUGCCUGCGCUUCCCGGUGACGCGGGUGGAGCGUCAAUGGCGCGAUAUUGCCUACUGCCUGGGCCUGCUCACCUACAACGAGCGAGCAGUGAAAAAGCUGAUGGACAAUUUGCAGCACUUCAAGGAUAAGGUCCAGGUGGACGAGGUCUACCAGUCGUUCAAGUUGAUCAUCAGCAACACCAACAAGCUGGCCAAACCGGAGCUCAAAGCUGUGGUCACCGAGUUCGAGAACCGACUGAACGAAUGCCUGCAAGUCAAUCCGGAUUCUGCGACGCAACCCGGCGAUCAAGUCACUCCCGAAGGCCAGGCCAAUAGGGCAAGGUCGGCCAGAACAAAGAAAGGCGGUCGAAAGCCAGCAGCCACCAAGAAGACUCCUGCGCGGGGACGCGGAAGACGCGCUCGCCAGGACUCCACCUCAGAAGAAAGCUACAGCAGUGACGAUUAGUUCGUCUUAUAGCUUGGCAUACAAUCUUUAGGUAGUUGCAGAAAAGUCCGUCUAGGAUAAGCCUUUUUAAUGAAUAUUUUAAUGGUGUACAUUGGUUUUAAUAAAAAUGAUAUACACGAAAUUUAA